UGUACUCAGUGUAUAGGCUACUAACCAUUCUAAGAAUUUUGAGUUGAGUUCUUUGUCAAACAUUGGCUUCUAAAAACAGCAUGGUUUCCUUAUCCCUCUGCAGUAUCUCCUUCCUCAUUUCUGUUAAAACAUACCGGUAAUUACUUCCCCAAUAAACCACCUCUUAGUUUAUUUGCACCAAGCUGUGCAAUCUCUAUUAGAAAUGUGUUUGGAUCGGAAGACACAGUAUUAAACGACUAAUGUCAGCAAUUUAUGAGGUCAAAUGUUUCCAUUCAGUGACUGACUGCAUACCUAUGAUUCCUGAGCCCAUGUUUUUAUGUGCCUUGACUUGCUACAAUGUAUCCCCAGAUGUAUCUUAGUCUACUUUGUCAUCAUAUAUCCUAAACUGGACAGAACUGUGAGAAUGUUUGGAAUUGGAACCAAAAUAGAUCACUUGCAAUGAAGAAUAGACUGACACAAUGACACACACGUUUGGGGCUGAUAAAUUAAAGUUUAUACGUGUGUUCAUUCACAUACAGCUGUCAAGUUGGCGUGGGAACAUUGUCUAAGUUCCUCUAAAGACUGGACUAGUCAAGAUAGCUGAAGAAACCUUAUGUGCCCCUCCCUAGUUCCUUCCCCGCCCAGUUUCUUUUGGCGACCCUGAGCGUUCUAUUUUAUGACAUCAAACCACAAUGCACCGCACUGUUUGCAGUUUACCUAAAGUCUCCAUGGCAAUAUGGACUGGUUCGGCCCCUUAUUUAAAUCAGACCGGAAACGAACGUCAUUUUGGGCCAAUCUUAGCGCGCUAAAGUGACAUAAUGGAAUUUUUAGGGGUAAAAAACAAGCAGAGGGUUGGGUGUACGCAUACCAGUUGUGCCAUCUGUGAAAAGAGUUCAUACGGGCGAGAAGAACAGGAAAAGCCAAGCCACGACUGUUGUUUUAGCCUCAGGGGUACAGGUAAAGGGGAACCAGAGUUUGAAGAUAGGAAAAAUACAGGAAACUGUAACCUGAACUGUGUGUUUUAUUGCCGGAUUUAACGGUUGAAUCGCCUUAGUUUAUGCGUAAACCUCAACAUACCCUCGUGUGAGGGGUUAGAAUGGAAACAACCCUCUACCCUUGUAAUGUGUUGAAUACUCGAGGGAUUUCAAGCCUCUAUUCCUACAACAGCAUGAUGAAGAAAGACAUUUGUCUAAACCUGGAUGACCAAAGCUCGAUUCUGAAACCGAAUCUCCGGGACGCAGAGGGAAUUCUGAACUCCCCGGACUUGGGACUCUUGAAAUUGGCGACUCCGGACCUUGAACGAUUGAUUAUCCAAUCGAAUGGAAUGGUUACCACGAUCCCAACCUCUCAGUUCCUCUACCCAAAGUCAGCCAGUGACGAACAGGAAUUUGCCGAAGGCUUCGUGAAGGCGCUUGAGGAUCUUCACAAGCAGAACCAGCUGAGCGAGGGGACGUGCGUACCGCCGGACAGACUGGACCUUAUCAGCUCCAACGCAGCCCCAAUCGGCUUGCCGUCAGAUCUGCCAGUGUACACGACAUUGAACGGCUAUGGUAAUAGUCCACUGGGCAGCACAGUGAAUUAUUCCACGGAUACAAUUCCAUUCCCACCACCACCUUCUCAUCUGAUGAGCGCGCAUCAACAGGCGGCUGCGGCGGCUCUGUCACGACUCCAGGCGUUGAAGGACGAGCCGCAGACGGUCCCCGACAUGCAGUGCUUUGGAGACAGCCCGCCUUUGUCUCCUAUUGACAUGGACAACCAGGAGCGCAUCAAAGCAGAGAGGAAAAAGCUGCGCAACAGAAUAGCGGCGUCCAAGUGCCGCAAAAGAAAACUGGAGAGAAUAUCCCGUCUUGAAGACAAGGUCAAAAACCUUAAGACACAGAACACUGAACUGGCCUCCACAGCCAGUGUGCUUAGAGAGCAAGUAGCCCAGUUGAAACAAAAGGUUAUGAACCAUGUCAGUAAUGGAUGUCAACUUCUCCCAAACCAAGAUCAAGCUUACUAGAGGACAAUGUAGGCCUAUGAGGUACCCACCACCAUGGGGUUCGUUAUCCUUUGGGGAUAUGGACUAACUGAAACCCAGUAGGCUAUUUGCCUGUUCUAAUAGAAUACAAACUCAUUGCUGAAAAUCCAUUAGAACUGGAACACUAUGGGUCUCUCUUAAAAAAUGUGGCUAACAGACUAAUUUUGCUGCCCUCUUCAGAGGAAAAUGCACUAUCAGCUCUCCAAUGGACAGUAAUACAUAGCCGAACAAGGAUAGCAUUAUCUGCAUGUAAACUGGACAAUCUCAAUGAGUGCACCUAAACACCAGAAUGUCAGUGAGCGCAUGUCAUCCACUGUGUAAUAUAUAAUGCCUUACUUGUUUACAAGCACUUAUUUACCAAUGACAAAUGUAUAUUUUAUUUACUAAAACAUGUCUUAUUUUGCAUACUGUCUUUUAUAUUUUCUGCAAAUAUGAAUUGUGCAUGUCUUGUAAGCUCGUGUUGGCUACAGUAAUUUAAUGUUGUGCAACUCUGUGUAUCUGUCGCUAUCCAUGAAUGUAGCCUUCGUUGUUGGCCCUAUGUAGCCAUUUUGAACGGGAUUUGACCUCUCAAAGCUGUUUUAUUAAAUUCUAUGAAUUGUUUAUUCUGUUGUCAAAUGUUGUUGUGGACCGACUGUACUUUAUUUCAGUUCCUGUCCUAUUACACAUUGUGCCAGCUAUUUAUUAUAGCCUCUACCAGCAAUGGAUUAGUGUAGAAUAGGUGCAUAUUGUUUCCCCCGCUCCCCCUAUCAUGUUGUAUUACAGGCUUUGUUACAUUGAAAUAAAAAGGGGUAAAAUAGGUAGGUAGCAGUGGGAGUCCUACACUAUUAUGCCACCUAUUGGCUUGAUGAGGGUAAUACCAUUGUCAGUUUGGGCCAAGAGGCUACUGUACACCCAACACAAAAAUGUGCCUCAAAGACAGAUUUGAAUAAAUGUUGACUCAUUUUUCACACA